CCUGCGCCGUGGGGAGCCGCCAGCGGCAAGGCUCUGGGCGGCCGCAGUCUCAGUCUGAAGGCGGCCGCAGCGGCAGUCUCGAGUAAGAUGAGGCUUCUGCUGCUUCUCCUGGUGGCGGCGUCGGCGGUGGCCCGGAGCGAGGCCUCGGCCAACCUGGGCGGCGUGCCCAGCAAGAGGUUAAAGAUGCAGUACGCUACGGGGCCGCUGCUCAAGUUCCAGAUUUGUGUUUCCUGAGGUUACAGGCGGGUGUUUGAGGAGUACAUGCGGGUUAUUAGUCAGCGGUACCCAGACAUCCGAAUCGAAGGAGAGAAUUACCUCCCUCAACCAAUUUAUAGACACAUAGCCUCUUUCCUGUCAAUCUUCAAACUCGUAUUAAUAGGCUUGAUCAUUGUUGGCAAGGACCCUUUUGCUUUCUUUGGCAUGCAAGCUCCUAGCAUAUGGCAGUGGGGCCAGGAGAAUAAGGUCUAUGCAUGUAUGAUGGUUUUCUUCUUAAGCAACAUGAUUGAGAACCAGUGUAUGUCAACAGGUGCAUUUGAGAUAACUUUAAAUGACGUGCCUGUAUGGUCUAAGCUGGAAUCUGGUCAUCUUCCAUCCAUGCAACAACUUGUUCAAAUUCUUGACAAUGAAAUGAAACUCAAUGUGCACAUGGAUUCAAUUCCGCAUCAUCGAUCAUAGCCCCACCUAUCAGCACUGAAAACUCUUUUGAAAGUGAUGGAAACCUUGUCCUGCUCUAAGAUGCGAAUUCCAACGUGAUGGUUCAGAGCCAGGAAGACAGGCUUGAACGAAACCAAGGGCGAGGACUUCACGGAACGGGACCAAUUCCAGACUCUUAUUCUAUUGCCAGCUUGAUCUGAAUAUUGACCUCCCAGGAGAUUGAUGAACACCCUGGAAGGAAAUCAGAAACCACAGAUAGUGACACCACUGUGCAGGGCUGGAAUUUGCUUGUCCUGGCCAGAGCACGGGUGAUGGGACCUCAGGUCAUCCCGGGAGCUGUCCCACUCUGAAUGACUUGCCUACUAAUCACCAGUUGUGGUCUGAUGGUGGGUCCAAAGGGGGGCUGGAGGGGUGAAGAUGGAGCAGGGAGGUUUGGUCUAGAGAGAGCGGCUACAGGAGAGAAGGCCGAUCCUGAAGGAGCACAGACCAGCACCUGAUCUCCACCAGGUCAAAAUGAAGACCAGUGGGGAGAUUCUGGGUAGCCCCAACUGGUCUCACAGUGCCCAACAACUAAGAGCCAGGUGCCCCUCUGGGACUGAUUCUUGCCUGAGUGGACAGGAGAGGCUCAGGGAACACCCAGAGGUCUCUGCAGUGGAGAAGGCAGAGGUGGGCUUCACCUCUCCAGUCUCUGAGCGCCUCACGUUUUACCAUGUUACAUGUCAGCUUCCCUGUGCUGCCUCAGAUCUGGUGGCACUAGUUACCAUCUGUCCUACUCAGUCACCUUCUUCCAACCAGGAUCACCAUCCAAACUAGAGAGCAUCUGGGCACUGAGAAAGUUGGCUUAAUUGAUAAUGAAUUAUUUUUUUUCAAAACUAUUAUGAACUGCCCAUGAGGUCUCCCAAGGCAAGGUAGCUAAUGUCUCAUAUUCCCAGGAUUUAUAGCUGGUAGUCAUCUAACCAAGCACUAAUUAAAAACUAAGGUGAUUCUCUUGUUUGAUAUGGAAAGGGGGAGAUUUAGUUUUACCUUGAAAUGUGAGUGAAAAUAAUAUCUAGCUGAAAAUCCCUAGAUAAAUUAGCCCUUUUACUUUUUAGCAAACAUUCUUUGAGUCUUUACCCUGAACAGAUAUGUUGCUAUAUAAUGGCAAAGAUUCAGAGUGUGCCUCGAGGAACUUCCAGCAAGCCACUUGCACAGAAGGGGCUCUGGGAGCACCCAGGACCGCCGCACCCACGGGAGCCCACUCUCAGGCUAGGGGUUCACACAGCCAGAAGGAAGCAGCCACUGUGGUGUGCGUUACUAAAGCACCCCGCUAGAGGUGACACAGAAUGACUGCCAAUCACAUCCAGUGUGCAUGGUGGUAAUGGAUUGGCUGCUUUGGACUGAAAACACAAGUAACUCAUCCUGUUCGAGCUUCCUCAAGAACGGGCAGUCUCCAAGUUUCCCAGGUGAGAUCGUUAUGCCUAGAAAUAACUUAAAGAGAAAUAUUUCUUUCUGAAAAGCUCGGGAUGUUAAACUUGUAUCUGAAGUUAGAAGCCAGAUUUCACUUUGUCAGGCUAAAUGAAGUACAAGGAUGUCAUGAACUGCGUGCUCAGUAGGUCAGCGCAGGGUCAGGGUCCUGGUCCUUCAGGGGACUGCUGGCACGCUCCUCUUCUGGUUGUGCCAUCAGAUGCUCCUGGUGAGCUGUGGCAGUGCCCGCAGUGACUGUCCCUGAACAGCUGCUUCCACAGAUGGGCAUCACCCCACCAUGAAGCACAGGCUCCUGAGACUGCCCGGGCUCCGGUCCCCAGUCCCUAGAGGGACCACACUGUGUGGUUCACAUGUUCUUACUGCGGGUAGAAAGAAUGUGACAAGCUUGGUUUUAUAUAGUUGGUGGAAUUUUCCUGCUAAAAAGCUUACGGAAUAAUAUACACCAAAAACAGCUCUGUGCUGGGCAUCGUCACCUAAAGACCACUAACUGAGAUCAUCCUAAAGCCAUUCCUGUCCUUUUAAAAAAGUCACAAAAUCAAACAGCCAAACUACAGCAAAAGGAACACAGAGGCCUACCAGACAUUUCCAUUGGGGUGGUAGCAGGAGCUUCUGCCCGAGGAGUCCAGCAGCGCCAGGAUGGCAGGGUUCGUGGGCACGUCUUCUUGGACUAUACACGUGAAGCCAUUUAUCUUGUUGGGCACUUGGAUGAUGGCUAGGUUUCCAGAUGGAUAGCUGAGAUCAGAUAAGGUCUGAGUUGUUCUAAUGGUCUGUGACUAUACUGGGAAUAAGUUCAAUUUAUGAGAGAGCUGUUUAAAAUUAUAAAGCAUUCUGGCAUGGGAGUUGCUGUUAAUACCAAAUGAUUUUAUGUCUUUUAUGUGGAUCAAAAUAUAUUUAUGAGAUGUAAAAUUCCUCAACAAAACCAUAGCAAACAGAAUUUAUAUAUGUAAAAUUUAUGCACCAUGAUAAAAUGGAGCUUAUCCCAGGAAGGCAAGGUUGGUUUAACAUCCAAAAAAAUCAAUCAAUGUAAUAUACACUGCAUUAACAGAAAAAAGCAAGAAACACAUGAGCAUCUCACAGAGGACAGGAAAAUACCUUCAAUGAACUUCAACACCUUUUCAUGAUAGCAAGACUCAACAGUCUUCAAAUAGAAGGGAACACCUUCCACCUGAUAAAGGCACCUAUAGAAACACUGCAGCUGAAGUCGUGCUUCACCAUGAGAUGCUGCUUGCUUUCCCUACGGUCAGAACUAACACGGACCCUGUUGCUCUGCUCCACUUGGUGGUACCAGAGGGUCUGGCCAUGGAGAGUUUGGAAAGGAAAAGAAAUGAAGGCCCCUAGAUUAGAAAGGGAAGUAAAGCUGUGUUUGCAGAUGACAUGAUGUUGUGUACAGAGAACCCAAGGAAUCCACACAGUGGAAGGGUCAGCACUGAUGAACAAGGUCAGCCGGGUCACAGGCUGCCAGCUCAAUACACAAAAAUAACUGCACUGCUGUAUGUUAGCAGUGAACAUUCUGAAAGUGAAAUAAAGAAACCCAUUCCAUUUAGAUAGCAUCAAAAAGGAUAAGGUAUGCUGAGGAAAAUUCACUUAAUGUCAAUGCUGGGUCCACACGAAGGCCAGUCAUAAGACCAAGAAGACACUGGAUGGAGGCUGAAUCGUUUUGAAAAUCAGACACAGCCUUCAAGAGGGCUAAGAAGAAUUAAAAUCAGGACAUUAAAUGACAAUAAUAAAAGUUGGAUAGGUUAUAUGUACUGAUGUAAUUGAAAUGAAACCUGCUCUUUUUCUCAUAGAACCUAGGGAACUAAGACUGCAUUAGGACUCCUCUGCUGUGAAAGUCUUGAAAGUUCUGGUUUGUCAUUAGGGUUCGGCUAAACGUUUGGGAAAUUAUGACUAAAAAUGAUUAUCUUUUAUAAAGGGAGACUCCUUAGUUCAUGAAAAGUCCUCAUGAAAAAGAAAACUUUCUCUCAGCAGCUCAGGAGGCUGAGACAAGAGGAUCGCGAGUUCAAAGCCAGCCUCAGCAAUGGUGAGGUAUUAAGCAACUCAGUGAGACCCUGUCUCUAAAUAAACCACAAAAUAGGGCAGGGAUGUGGCUCAGUGGUGGAGUGGCCCUGAGUUCAAUCCCUGGUGCCCCCCCCCCACACACACACAAAAGAAAACCUUCCUAGAGAUAGCAAGAGGUAUUAAGAGGCUUUUAUGUCAGAAUAUCCAGUGGCCUGGCAGUCAGGCACCAGCCUAAGUGGUCGGUGACUUUAGUGUUCCAGGGAACGGAUAGAGGAUUUGGGCAUUAAAAAGUAACCUGCUGCUCAUGGGUGUGUAAGCAGCACACAUGUUCUGGGGAGCAAGACCCAUCAACACUAUAAAGUAAGAGGGCAAGAGAUGUGGUGAGGCAUUUCAUUUCCUAGGAACUAAAUUCAAGGAAGUAAGUGGCAGGUGUGCACCAGAGUUGUCCCCGCAGCUGUGGAGCAUGACUACAAAGUGGCACCCACCUCCCCCGGGGAGCAGGAAGUAGGCUAGAGGAAGCACAGUAGGUCCAUGCCAUGAGGUUGCAUGGUAACAGCAAUGGCCUCGCCUCUCCACGUCCUCGCAUGUCACUAUUCAGGACGUUAUUGAUCUACAGUUUCAGCAGAUUCAUACUUAUCCCAGUUACAAACUACAAUAAGCAGUUGAGGAACUUAUUUUAAAGAACUGUAUAGGUGCUUAUAGAUAGAAAAAAGUAUAAGAAGAUGUAUUUUAUGUCACCAGUUUUUCUCUGGGAAGUGAAAUUUGGGGGGUGAUAUUUUUUUCUUCAUACUUCCCAGUAUUUUCUUCAUCUUUCUUUCUUUGAGAAUGAAUUGGCAAUCUCUUGUUGAUGGAAAGGAUACAAGAUCUGUGUGGUCCCGUCUGGGAACGAGGUCAGGAACUUGCGGCCGUUCUUGUAGUGCCUCUCUAGGAGCUCGCUGGUCACCACCUGCACUGGGAGAGAGGGUGCCAGGCAGCGCAGCCCUGGUGACAGGCCACUUCCUCACGGCCAUGUUGGCCUGCUCUACCCACAGGGGCCACCCCAAUGGCCAUUCAGAGUAUGUCCCUAACCCCACAGUGCAACUUGAGGAGAGCUCUCUGGGGGACUCUGACGUCACGUGUCUAUAUGAGGUUCUUUCUUGUUACGUCCUACACAAAACCAAAGAAGGCAAAACCAGUCCCCCACGACAUCCUUCCACACCCUGAUCGUGUGUUGGCUGCACACUUAAAAAGGGUGAGUGUCACUAUGACAUUUGACUUCAUCAGGGGAGAGCAGUUCUGAGAAAGCGACUGCAGCCAGGUGUCCCAAGCUGCAGGCACCACUGGUGGAGAGUGGCCUUCUGACGGAGCCCAGCAACAGUCCCAAGCUCCAUCCGCUAUUGUAGGUCACACUCCACGUGCAGUGGUCGAACCCACAUUUCACCAUACAGCGAAGGUUUGGUUUAACUCCAUCUAUUCCUAACCUUGAAUCUUACCAAAAUGGAUGGAGGAAUUCCUAGAGCUAAGCCACGAAACAACUUGUUUUUGCAUCAACGUUGCCAUUUAUUUUAAGAAAGAGUUAUCCCAUCUGGAACUAAAGUCCAUGUUUUCACUUUUUAACAUAAUGAGACAUGGAAUGCACCCAGGCAAGCCGUGCAUUAACGAGUCAUUACAAAGCAAUCACCCCCAGUGGCCACCCAGGUCAGGGGACAGAGAGCACAGAUCUGCUGCCCCAGACAGCCCACCUCAGUGUCCUCCAGAGCAACACUUUUUUCCAGGAUGUGAUUGUUAUCAUUUUAUCUAUACAGAAGUUUAUUUUUCCCCAUUUUUGAAUUUUACAUAAAUGGGAUCAUAUAUUGUUUAUUUGUACUGUCUUGCUUCUGUCAAAAUUGUUUCUAAGAUUCAUACUCAUCCCAGUGUUCAGGUGUAGUGCAAUGACUAUAAUCUAGGUAUAGUAUUCCACUGUAUGAAUUUAUCACUGUUCAUUUGUUCUGUUGUUAAAAGAAAUAUAGGUUAUUCUCAGUUAUUGGUUAUUACAAACAAGGGUCCUAGGGAUAUUCUUACA